GAGAAAUGUGUUUUCAUAUCAAUGUAAUUUCGGUGUUGACCUCUGAUCGUGCUGAUUGCUGUUUACUUUGCACACUUUUGCGCCUUAAGUCUUAACUCUUUCGAUCGCUGGGAUAUUCAACAGCUCAUUUCAGCCAUGAAGCGAGUAACUUUUUGCGUAUCCUGCUUGGGCGCACGCCGAGCGAUCCGUGCGAUAUGGCAUCGCCGGAGAGGGCUCUUCGGCCUAAUGUAAACAACUGACGUCCUGAACUACAGAUCGCAGCUGGAACUGCUAAUCGCGCCUUUAAGGCUGCCCAUGGGUCGGAAUGCACAUGGCCAGCGACGUGAACAGUGAAUCUAGUGGGAGUGAUUCCGGCUCAACUCCGGAAGAAGAGCGGAUUCGGCGGCUCUUCCAGACCUGUGAUGGCAACGGGGACGGUUACAUUGACAGCCAAGACCUGUUGGCAGUGUGCCGUCAGCUGAAUCUCGAGCACAGUGUCGCAGAGCUGAUGGAAGAGCUCGGAGCUGAUGAGGAUGGACGCAUCUCGUAUGCCGUGUUCCUUCGGAGCCGCAUGCAACUUAUGGGCGAGAUCAAAGCGCUCACACAUCAGGAAGAGGAGAAAACACUGGAAAAGUGCCCCGCUACAUCUGCGCAGGCUUCGUGUUCCUGGAAGGCAGGGAGUGAUGCUAGUCAAGGAGCAAUGUCCGAACGGCAUGAAAGCUGGGAGUUCGACUCUGGCACGAGAGACCUGAGCCCAGAGCCUAACACACUACAGAGGUUGAUUGAAGCUUCUGGGGGACCCAUACCCAGCAACACUGGCGACUUACUUGAGCUGGCAAACAAAUUACACCUGGCUGCUAUAUCAUCGCUGAAAAAUGAAGUUUACGACCUUGCCGGUCGACUACAGCAAGUGUCUCAGGAGAAAGAUGCUUUGGAGAGGAAGCUGAGCAAACGGCAGCUGCAACGCCUGCAGGUUUCUCGGGACCAAGAAGAUCGGUUGGAACAGCAGGCACAGCGUUAUGAGGAGCGUAUCACGGAACUCCACAGUGUCAUUGCUGAACUCUCCAAGAAGCUUGACAUCCAGAGGUCUGCAGUGAUCAAAGAAGAGGAUGAGUACAGUCAGCAGUCGGGAGAUGAAUCAAGAAUCAGUGAUGUCUUGAGCCACUGCACAAGCAACGAGAACUUAGCUACAGAGUCUAUUAGUGACAAAGACAACGAAUCCCCACCAGAGUUUACUGAUGUUAUUUCUGGAAAAUGUACCACCACAGAAGUAGUUGUUCCAGUACAAACUCAUGAAGGAGAAGAUACCAGUAGUGGCCUUGGAGAUAAUGAAAGUUUUGAUGAGAAGCCCCAGGGCUUUCGCAGUAGCAGUAGCAGCCAUGGCGUGCGUGGUGGUCAUGUGACAAGUGUGGAGCACCGCGCCACGUCGUGCCAGAGCCUACAGGCAUCCCAGCUGCAGGAGGAAAUGGCGGCUCUGCGGUCACAGAAUGUAAGCCUGCAGGAGCGGCUGGCCCGGCAGGAAGCUGACUUGCAGAGGGCAAGGGCUGCUACAGCUGCGCUACGUGAGGACAGGGAUCGCUGCCAGCGCAAGUUUCGUGACCUCCAGCAACGUGUUGCCACAAGUCCCCAGAGUAGCUGUGGUCAGAUUCCAGGUGGCAGUGCUUCCCCAUUGGCUGAGCAGGCAGCACAACCUGUGGCCAAGAUGGCUGAGCGGGUCCGGUUGCGCAAGACAGAACCCCCUGCUUCACCGAGGCUUAUCCUUGGAUCAGAAAUGGCCAACCUUGGUAUCUCCAGCAGCAAGGUAGCUGAACAGCUGGUGCAACAGCUGCAAGAAGAGGCACACACCCAGGAAGCCAUUGCUGCCCAGCGGCUCUGCUCUUCAGGCUCUCCCCUUCCUGAGGGCCGUGUACGCGAAUUUGAAGUGGAGAUAGAGCGUCUAAGCAGCAAGGUGGAGCACCUCCGUUGUCAAAAUGACCUCCUUCAAUUGGCACUGGAAGAGAGCCGAGGCCAGUGCGAUCGGCUCAGUGUGCUUCUGGGAAAGCACGAGUCGAACCAGACUGCCUUGCAACUGGCCCUGGCCUGUAGCGAUCGAGCUCUAGAGGCAUUCGAUGCGUUGCUGGCCCUAGCUGACACCGGUCGACCACUGGCAAACUACAGGGCAGCUUCCCCUUUGGAGGAAGAGGAGAUGAUGUGCCGCGUCCAAGAAGAGCGGCGGCUAGCCGAGGGUCUGGCCCGGCAAGUCCUUCACCGGCUCGACCGCCAUUGCGGAGGUGCCUUGGCGGUGACCUCGCCCGGCUGUGUGGCAGCCAGCCCCUGGGAGGACCUCUCUUCACACAGCCACACCACCAGCACAACCAGUUCAACUUCCAGCAGCUGUGAUGGUGGUGAAUUGACCAAGGUCGAGGAGCAGCGUCUGCGUGAGCAUCUGGUGCAGCUGCGCGAUGAGCGUGCAGCAUUGAGAGCCACACUGCUGGAGCUGGAGAGCGUGCACAUUGAACCGCGUGGUGCCACGACACUUUUCGACGCCCACAAGCUUGACCUGGAGAAUGCUGUGCUCAUGCAAGAACUUAUGGCCAUAAAGGAGGAAAAGGCUGAGCUGAAGGCCCAAAAUUACCUGCUGGAGAAGGAGAAGGCUGCACUGGAACUGCGAGCUGGCAGUUGGGAGGCCCGGGAACAGGCCUACAUGGUCUCCAUUGAGCACCUUAGGACACAGUUGGUUGACGUGCGGCCACCUCAGCAGACUCCAAUGAGACUGGCAAGCACCAGUCCGGAAAUUCAGGAGCUGGCUGAAUCCCAGAAGCGGGAAAAAAGCCUCAAGGCACGUGUCGAUGAGCUUGUUGCCACUCUGGAGAAAAUCACCAAGAACGCAGAGCUUCGCUCCCGGCAGUCAGCAGAGUUCGUCGAUGAUCUGAAGAGGGCCAACAGCGCCCUGGUGUCAGCAUUUGAAAAAGUCAAGAAGAAGAAUAUGGCCAAGCUCAGGAAGGUGGAACUACAAAUGGCUGCCAUGUCUGAACGACAUAACUCACAGGUGCAAAUGUUGAAGCAGCGAAUAGCGAUGCUUGAAGGCUCCGGUCUACGCCAUGCCUUGCCUCUCUCAGGAAGUGAGACAUCUCUGUAAGGGGGUGCACAGAUGAAGUUCAGCAGGAUGAGUUGUUGGUCAUUGAAGUAUCGUAGCUUCUUGUUCAGUUAGCCCAAGUUACUGUAGUAUUUGUAUUAGUCAUGCCUAUAUGACUCCAUGCAGUUCCUCUGUGUACUCAUAUUGGUGCCGUAUAUAUACAUACAACACCCAACAAAGUUCCUCUUUUCCCUGUU